AUGGGAAGAAAAAUCGGAGCUUAUGUUUACAGUCGCUAUUAUCGGAGCGGCAAUUGGACACACUUGCCUCUAAGCCCAAAAGACGACGACUUCUUCAGGAAGAAAGUGUUCUCAAUUCAAUUGAUGAGGAAGGUGAAGUUUACCAGCCUAAAACUAUGGAAACUACGGCUGCUUAUGAAGCCAUGCUCAGCCUUAUUCAGCAGCAAAUUGGUGGACAACCCUUUAGUACAUUAUGGUCGCGAUGAUGGCGAUGAAGCUCUUGAUUAUGAUGUUGGUGUAGCAGUUGAGUUUGAGGAGAAUGAAGACGAAGAAGAAGAUGAAGAGAGUGAGUUUGAUGAUGAAAAGGAGGAUGAUGUUGUGCUGGAAGCUGAUGGUUCUGGCGCUAUGCAGAUGGGCAGUGACAUUGAGGAAGAUGAGAUGCAGGAGCAUAGUGAUAAUGCUACUAAGUCAUUAGACGUGGAUGACAGUAGUACCUCUAUAACUGUACUGCCUGUCACUAGUAUUCAAAAAAAGAAUCCUCCUUGCCUUUUAAAUCAAAACCCUGCUGAAAUUGCUCUCGUUAAUGAUGAGAAGUAUAUCAGAAGUGCAGAGGAUCAAAACAAUAGGAAUAAGAGCUCAUCGCGAGAGAAAUCUGGAGCUGUUCAUUUGAAUGGGCGAAAGCAGCAGAGAAGAAAAGAGCGACCAGGGAGACUGCCUCUAGAAUGCUGA